AUGAGCAAGAAAAGUGCUGUCCCCGACGCAUGGGACGACGAUUGGGAAUCACAAGCCGACAAAGCAGAUGCUGCAGCUUCCGCUGCAAAGGCAGACGAGGAGGUCAAGAUAUCCAAGGCCGAACGCCUGGCAAAGCACGCUGAAACAAAUAGAAAGCUGUGGGAAUCUGCGGAAGAGCCAGAAACCUUCCAUUUCCUAGCAGCGCGCGACAAUGUACCUCUCAAGUCGGAAUUCAAACCUGCCCUUAAAGUUCUCAGUCGUAAACCAGCUCCUAAGGUAGUGCAGCGUGUCGACCCAGUUACUGGAUUGGCCAAGAUGACACUGGAAGACGAAGAUGAUGAAGGGGAGCAGCAGAAGGAUCAGCCAAGUCCGGAAGAACUUCGAUUGAAGGCCCAGCGAGAGCGCGAGGAGAAGCAGAGGAGAUAUGACGAAGCUCGCGCAAGGAUACUAGGAUCAACGACCAGCAAGUCAAUCCAGCAAUAA